AUGAGACAUAUUUCAUACAUUCGUAAAAUAUUGAGGCCUGCAUACGGGUCUAAAGAAGAUAGCUGUACAAUAGAUGUGUUGGAUUUCGCAACUUUAUCCGUAGGAAGAAAAAAUUCCACUACACCCUGGUCUGCCACGGACAAUUUGACAAUAGUGGCCUCUAUACUCAGAAGUAAGAGCAAAAGCAGCGACGAUGAGGAGCCGAUAAAUACCACACUGCUGGUUUUCUGGCUGGAGAGGUACGACGCGGUGGUGAAGGACCUGCUUCUGAGCGAGACGGCGCAGCGGAAGAAUCUCGGCUUCGUGAGCACGCAGAGCUCGGACAGGACCUCUAAAACGAUACUGAAGGGGGAGUUGUGGUCGCUGUGCCACCAUAACUCAGUGAUAAGCGCGAGCUGGAAGAAAAAUCGCAACGCGCCGACGCCAGUGCACAAGCUGUUCCUGGUGACCUUGACGAAGAAGUACAUGGCGUACAUAUGGCGCUUCAACGAGAUGAAGGACUCGUUCGAGAUCUGCAUCCAGAUAGCGCUGCAAAACGUCAACUACGACCUGAACUUCCAGUGCCUGUGGAUGAACAUAGAGAGCGAGGUGCUGGACUACAACUUCAGCAGCAGAGCAUUCAUAAUCUUCUACAACACGACCACGGCGAGCCACUACAGCAUCGUGACGAACGAGCAGGACAGCAUGGCGAGGCCGGACCUGAAUCUGAACGUGGAGGAGGACGUGCGACACAGUUACCUGUGCGACUACUUCAAUAGCAUGGACCUGAAGACGGACGUGGAAGAAUGCCUCUGGGAGACUGACCACGAGGACAAGGAGGACGAAGAAGAAGAAGAGUCGACAGGAGCCUCGCAGGACGAGAACAUCGUGUUUGGAAGGUACGACGACUACGCACAGUACUUUGAAAUCUACGGAAUCGACGGCCUGUACAACUACCAGCUGGCAGUGACGAGCGAGUACAUCCUGGGAAGCAACGAGAUAACAAUGCCGAUCAAAAUCAAGUCGAUCGAGUCAGUGGUGAUGUGCAAUCACACAUUCGAGACGGGGCUGGUGACGCUGUACACGAGCGAGACGCUGAGGCCGAACAAGAUAACGACGAAGUUCCCGAUCAGCGUGAGCAAGUGGAUCACGCUCAAGUCGACGAACCUGAGUAACUUCUACAGCGCAAUGAGCAACAAGGAGAGCAGUCUGACGGGCUCGGACGUGGGAAGCGACAACACGACGGCGAAGGAGGAGGAGAGCGGCUACAACGACGUCCUGGACGAGCUGAUAGGGAUGCAGAUAUCGAAGGGACUCAACAAGAUAAUACCGCCGAUAAACCUGAACGUGCUUAACGAGAACGACGUGACGAUAAACCUGCUGCUCUCGCCGUACGACCUGUUUCUGAAGGACGAACACAUAAAGGAGUCGGUGGACAACAUAGUGGGCCUGGUGAUAAGGUACAUGUUCCACCCGAGCACGCCGCUGUACCUGAAGGUCAACGAGCAGUUCGUGUACAUCGAAAACUACUUCAUCAGCAAAAUCAAGAGCAGCAAAAAGGUAAAAAACGUGAAGGUGUUCAGCGACAAGGACGAGACGCUGUACAUAAUUCACUCAUUCAGCGGGAAGCUGAGCGCCCUGACGAGCAAGAAGCACGACCCGAACGACAUAACCUACCACAAGAUACACAACCUGCGCUUCGUGUCGACGUUCCAGGUGGUCGAGUACCACCACCAGCUGUACUUCAUAGUGUUCAGCCCGCACGGGCUGGAGUCGCAGAGAGAUUACGGGAACCCGGAGAGCGCAAGAGCCCAGGAGGACGGUCGUGGCACGGUUGGGGAGGACGGGUUGUACAACUGCGGUUUCUACAAAUGGGAAAACUACAAGUUGAACAUGAAGGGGCAGUGGCUGUUUAAAUCGCCGAAUGUGCAGCCGGGUAAGCAUUUUAGUUGUUACGGCGAGUCAGUACAAAUGUCAGGCACUUAUAAAAAUGUUGGUUCGCGUCACUCUCCUACACUUAAACCGAUUGACAGGCUAAAUGUUAGUAGCACAACUCGGGUCGAGACUGCAGCAACACAGUAUUCAAGUAGUAUAAAGCGCCCACCCUAUGAUCACAACGCACCAGAAACACCAGGGCAAUCGAAUUUUGAUAAGUGUAGCCCUGAUAAGGGGGAAGAAAGAGCAAGUCAGUUUAGUGACGAUGACCCAUACAUGAAGUAUGGCAACAGUGUUGCGUCAGACCGUAGAAUUGGAAGGCAAACGUCGCCGCAAAACGGUGUGAGUCGCCAGUACAACAGGUCGGGAGAGGAUCGGCGGUACAUGGGCUCAAGUUGGAGUGAUCACCAGGAUGAUCAAGUAGCGGACGCAGUGUUGCAGUUCAAAAAAUGGUGCGACUCGAACUACUUCUGUUUGCUGUCUAAAUUUAAGUUGAUAACGGAGUUCGAAGAAGAGGAAAGAUGCGACGAGAGUGAAGAGAGUGGCGCUGAAGAUGUAAUAUACCUGUACCUGAUCAGAAGGCACAAAAUCGUUAAGUGGAUGGAGAUAAAGGAGAGCUACUACUACGACUUUCUCACAAAAAAUAAGUACUUUUUGGAAAACCACGAAGAUAGAAAGGAGUACGUGCUGGGAGACCUGAAGAUACUGAUCAAGGGAAGGAGGGUGAGCGAGGAGUUGUCGGAAAGCGAAAGGAUGCUUCUGGCCGAGGAAAGUGAGGUGCUGGACGAGCUGCCGCUGUUCAUGGGAUGCCACUUCAAGAACAAGAUGUACCCAGUGUACCACCCGGAGACCGUGCUUACGAUAUACAAGCUGGGGCUGAACAACAUCGCGUCGAAGCUGAUCAACAUGCUGGUCUUCGUGUACAGAAAGACGCUGAACCAGUUGAACAACGAAGUGUACUGCAUCAACGCGGACCCGUACGACAGCAGCUCAGCAGAUUCGAGAGAAAGAGUGGACGCUGAGGAAAUGGGAGAGUACGGAGUGAGCAGCUGCAACUGUAUAAUAUUUAAGACGCUGAGCCUGAAGCUUUUCUGCAAGUUCAACAGGUUCUUCUUCGACUACGUAGUGAAGAGCCUGUACACGACGAGCACGCACACGUCGCACAUAGGCUUCAGCCCAAUCACUAACAUAUACGCGGAGGACAAGGAAGUGGACGAGGCGAAGAAGAAAAAUAUAUUGUACGACUACGUGGUCGACGACGAGUUCAACGAGUACUUCAACGAGUACUCGAACUUUAAGCAGGACGAUGAGCUGCUGGUGAAGGAGCUGAUCGUGUACCUGCAGGUGAUAAGACUGAUAGGACUGACGUGGUAUGAGCAGUACCAACUGAUAAACGUGCUCAUCAAGUACACGGCGAAAGGAGAAAACCUGCUUAUCUUUAACACGGACAGCGACAUGGACAGCUUCGUGGGAACGGUGGGCACGAGUGACGAGGAGGACGACGAAAACGAGGAGAGCUGCAACCUGUGCGUAAACUCGAAGGUGGUGCUGAAGAUGGGAAUGGAGCAGACGUCGAAUAAGCUGGGGGCGGACAACAACGUCCUGAGCGCACUUAUGUUGUAUAUGGCGUCGACGUCAGGGGGGUCGUCGUACUAUAACACGAACAGGAGCGCGGCGGAGCUGGAAGCAGUGUUCCUGAACAAGUACAAGGAGUACCUGAGAACGAAGUACGACGAAAAGAGGCAGUUGUUGAGAAAUAACCCGCUGAUGUCGAGUGGAGAAGAAGAGGACGAGGAGGACAACAGUCUUAUAUGGCUGCUCCUAAUCAAAAACGACCACCACCUGUUCGUGGAGCUAAACGAGUACCACAAGAAGGAGCUGGAGCCGCUGGGAGGAAAGAACGAGGAGCACAAGGUGGACUACAUGGAGUACCUGGACGAAGUGAAGGUGGGCUACUGGAUAAAGAACAAGGAGACGUAUAAGCUGCUCUUCGAAGAGGUGGAAAAGUACUUCAGGCUCAAGGUGAAGAGCUACAAGAACAUCGAGGACUUUGACCAGUUCGGCUUAUACCUGAUGCUGCAGGGCAAGGUGAAGAUAUACAGCAUGCUGCUGAAGACGAAGGGCUUCGAAAAAUUCGCAAACUUCCUGACCAACGACUUCAGCCUCGAGAGGUGGAAGGACGCGUCGGUGAAAAACGCGUUCGCACUGAUAUCGCAGAGAAGGUACCUGCUCUCCUCAGCAAUGCUUAUCCUGGCGAACAGAGUGCAGGACGCAAUCGACGUGAUUCACCAGUACCUGGGAAACAUGUCGCUCUGCAUACUCCUGGCAAAGCUGUACGAGUUUGACCUGGGAUACGUUUUCAAAAAGGUGCAGAACAUGAAGGCGCAGUACGUGUUGCUGCACACGCACGCGAUGGAGCUGCCGAAGUCGGGAAGGUACGAGGAGGCGAGUCCGGGAGGAGGACCUGCGAGUGUGCUAGGCAGAGGAAGGGCGACCGAAGAGGAGGAGCUGAGCAUGGAGGUGGAGCAGCUGUGCAACGAGGAGACGCGAGCGGGCGUGGGCUCGGAGCCAGACAGAGAGGCAAACCUGCUGGAACUGCUGGACGGCGACGUCGACGAGCUCAUCAUUAACGUGAGCAUCGGGAUCGUACUCAAGAGCCUGGACAUGCACCAGGUGGAGCAGAUGAUAAGAAGAAGCUCGCAGUACUACCUGGACAAGACGCCGAUCAUCUCAGUGCUGCUGCACUCCCUGCUUAACAGCUACACGAGCUGGGACAAGAUACUGAUCUACGCAGCAAACUUCCUGCACUUCCAGAAGUUCGACAACUUCGACGAACACGACUACCUCGACUACGCGACCCAGAGCUUCACGGAGAGCUACUGCAACAACUACUACUACGAGGACGACUACAAGUACCUGGACGGGAACGUGCUCGUCGAGUUCAACAACUUCGAGUUCAAGAGGCCGCACUCGAAGUGCCCGGUCCUGAGAACGCUCUCCUCAAUCAUACCCGCAAGGUACAGCUCGAAGCAGAUCAAGUACUCGUACCACAGCAGCAGCAUGGUGAGCAUGUCGAGCGGGCACACGAGCCAGUACGCCGGGCAGACGCUGGAGGACGCGGAGGCCGAGUACCUGAGCAAGGACACGGGGUACAUGGCGAGCGACAGCGACCUGAUCGUCAACGUUAACACGCUGAGCGUCGUCGAGAGCCUGCUCAAGAUCAAGUCGAACCUGAACAUGGAGCUGACGCUGACGUACUACAAGAUCAACUCGAACAUUUCGGUCAGGAACUACGACCUGGACAUCGAGAGCGUGUACACGAGGCUGGUCAACACGUUCAUAGGCUUCCUCGACUCGGACCUGCAGGUGGAAAACCUGAACAUCCCGUCGCUGCUGCUCAACCUGAUCCACAAGCUCUCGCUGCUGACGAUCUACAGCAGUAACCUGAACAACCCGGACGAAGUCACGCCGACGACCUUCGAGAACCGAGACGACCUGGAGGCGAAGGUGGAGUCCUCGAACAGGCUGGACGUGGGCCUCUACGACAGCGACCUGAAGCUGGUGAACGACGAAAUCGUCUGCGUCUGCUUCGUGGUCGCGCUGAGCUGCAUCUUCGUGCUCAUGAUGUACAAGGUGGACAUCCUGCCGCAGGUCUACAACGGGCUCUACACGCAGCUGACGCUGCUGAACCAGAUGAAGGGCAACGGCGAGUGGCUGGCGCAGUUUUUGGAGUCUGCGAUAAAAACGGUAGAGCCAUCGCUCUUCACGAACAACGUGUACAACAUCGACAAGCUGAACAUAGUGAUCGAGAGGACGAUGGAAGGCCCGAGGCACGGCGAGGGCAGUUACACGGGAAGCGGCGGCGGCGAGGAGCUCGACGAGUAA